AUGGGUGUGCGGAACCUGCGCUCAGGCAGCGUGCUGAGCCCUGUGGCUCCCCGCCUAGGGGCUGGACCUGCUGCUGGCCGCUUCCGAGGCGCAGCACGGUGUCGGAACAGGUUGGUGCGAGAAUUCGUGGCUCAGAACAAUGCAGCGCAGAUCAAGCACGUCAUCCAGAUCCUGUCACAAGAGUUUGCGCUCUCGCAGCACCCUCACAGCAGGAAAGGGGGGCUCAUCGGCCUGGCAGCCUGCUCCAUUGCUCUCGGAAAGGAUUCUGGGCUGUACCUGAAGGAGCUGAUUGAGCCAGUGCUGACGUGCUUCAACGAUGCUGACAGCCGACUACGGUACUAUGCCUGCGAGGCCCUAUAUAACAUCGUCAAGGUGGCCAGGGGCUCCGUCCUCCCACACUUCAAUGUGCUGUUUGAUGGCCUGAGUAAGCUUGCCGCUGAUCCAGACCCAAAUGUGAAAAGCGGCUCUGAACUACUGGACCGACUUCUCAAGGACAUCGUGACUGAGAGUAACAAGUUUGACCUCGUGGGUUUCAUCCCGCUGCUGCGGGAGAGGAUUUAUUCCAACAACCAGUAUGCCCGGCAGUUCAUCAUCUCCUGGAUCCUGGUGCUAGAGUCAGUGCCUGACAUUAAUCUCUUGGAUUACCUGCCGGAGAUCCUGGAUGGACUCUUCCAGAUCCUGGGAGACAACAGCAAAGAGAUCCGGAAGAUGUGUGAGGUGGCCCUCGGGGAGUUCCUUAAAGAGAUCAAGAAGAAUCCUUCCAGUGUCAAGUUUGCAGAAAUGGCCAAUAUUCUAGUGAUUCACUGCCAGGCUUCUGAUGAUCUGAUUCAGCUGACAGCCAUGUGCUGGAUGAGGGAGUUCAUCCAACUGGCUGGCCGGGUGAUGCUGCCCUACUCCUCAGGGAUCCUGACCGCCGUUCUGCCGUGCCUAUCCUACGAUGACCGGAAGAAGAGCAUCAAAGAGGUAGCUAAUGUGUGUAACCAGAGCCUGAUGAAGCUGGUCAUCCCAGAAGAUGACGAAACGGAUGAGGGCAAGCAGUCCCUGAGCCUCCAGACGGAGCCCAAGGAGGAGUCCCUCUCCCAGCAGGAGGUAACCUCCAGCGGUUGCCUGGAGGCCUCCAGCGAUUCCAACCUCAGCAGCGCCAGUGUCUUCAAUGUAAGCAGCACUGACCGGGUCCCGGUGACCCUUAACCUCGAUGGGAUAGUGCAGGUGUUGGACUGCCACCUUCACGACUCAGCCACCGGGAUGAUGACCAGAAUCGCAGUCCUGAAAUGGCUGUAUCACUUGUACAUCAAGACGCCGCGGAAGAUGUUCCGGCAUACAGACAGCCUCUUUCCCAUUUUGCUACGGACAUUGUCGGAUGAGUCAGACGAGGUUAUCCUGAAGGACCUAGAAGUUUUGGCUGAGAUCGCCUCCUCUCCUGCAGGUCAAACAGAAGAUCAGGGGCCAUGUGAUGGCUCUGAUAUGCGAUCGGAGUUGCACAUUCCCGUCAAAGCCAGCCAGCUGAGCUCCUCUGGUAUGAAAGGCAUGGAGUGCUCCCCUUCCACCCCCACCAUGAACUCCUACUUCUACAAAUUCAUGAUCAACCUCCUCAAGAGAUUCAGCAGUGAGCGGAAGCUGCUGGAGACCAGAGGAGCAUUCAUCAUCAGGCAGCUUUGUCUGCUUCUCAAUGCUGAAAACAUCUUCCACUCCAUGGCAGACAUCCUGCUGCGGGAAGAGGACCUCAAGUUUGCCUCGACUAUGGUCCACACUCUCAACACAAUACUGCUGACUUCCUCCGAGCUCUUCCAACUGCGAAACCAGCUCAAGGACCUGAAGACCCCGGAGAGUCGUAACCUGUUCUGCUGUCUCUACCGCUCCUGGUGCCACAACCCUGUGACGACUGUGUCCCUCUGCUUCCUCACCCAGAACUACAAACAUGCUUACGACCUCAUCCAGAAGUUCGGGGACCUGGAGGUCACAGUGGAUUUCCUGACUGAGGUAGACAAGCUGGUGCAGCUCAUUGAGUGUCCAAUUUUCACGUAUCUGCGCCUGCAGCUGCUGGACGUGAAGAAUAACCCCUACCUGAUCAAGGCUCUCUACGGGCUGCUGAUGCUUCUGCCUCAGAGCAGUGCCUUCCAGCUCCUCUCCCACCGGCUGCAGUGCGUCCCCAACCCCGAGCUCCUGCAGACCACAGACAGCACUAAGACCACCCUGGGCUUCAAGAAAGCGACCGCCACCAACAUCGACUACCUGGAGCUGCUGCAGCACUUUGAGCGAGUCCAGAACAAGCACCUGGAAGUGAGACACCAGCGGGCUGGCCGGGGAGAGCCCCCAGACCGAAGGGUCGUCCUCUGAGCACCAGCUGCUGCUGGCGUGCAUGGAGACAGUGACCUGGGGAGGGGAGUCGGAGGGACUUGGCUGCUGCUGUGGGUUCCAGGGUGUGUGAUCCAGCAGGGGGCU